AUGAUGCGGCGUGCGUCAGCUGUUCUGGGGUGCGCGCGCAUCGGCCCCCACCUCCCGCGCCUGCAGCUGUCUCGCUCUCACCCCCCACCACGGCGCCCGACAGGGCAGCCAGCCAGCGGUGACCGUGGUGUGGCACCUCGCCCCUGCUCCGCUCGAGACUCCAGACGGGCUGCGCCGCAGGUGGCGUGUGGGGGCGCGUGGCCUGGCUCUGCGGCCACCCCACCCCCACCCCCGCGCCCACCCCCGCUGCUCAAUAAAUCAAUAGCGGCGCCGGCGGCCGCGGCCCCGCCCUGCCAGAGCGGAGCCACCCCCGCCACCCCCGGCUCGCUGCCGCCCCCGCUGCCACCCUGCAGCACAAGCCUCCGGAACAGACCAGCCUCUCCAGCGUGCGGCGUCCUAACAUAG